GAGCUCCCGGCUGGGCAUGGGGGUCUGGGGGCCGGCAGCCGCAGUGCUGGCCCAGCUUUGACUCCACCAGACCUGGCACACGGCUGAGGCAAUCUCGGGUUGGCCAUCUGCCUCGGGCAUCUCUGCGGAUCGGCGCACCGGGCCCGGCUUGGCCCCACGCUGUCCCACAGACUGUCCCCACGCUGGGACUCGUGCUGUCCCCGGCACCAGAGGACGUGUCCUUCCCUUGCUGCGUGGGGCUGCUGCAGCGCUCUCCGCACCCCGCACCCCACACGCACCAGCAGCAGCAGCGCAUCCCCGGGCUCAGGCGCCGGGACCAGUGUGAGCACCCGCCGGGGUGCGAAGGGGUUAAGGCGCCUGGGGCUGGUCUUCAGGGAAGGAGCAGCCUCUCCUCCCCUCUUCACAUCUGGAUUCAAUAAGGGCUUCGAGAGGCCGGAGCAUUCCUGAGCACUGAGGUGGAGGCUGCACUCUCCGACAGCCAUGGGGCCCUGGCGCUGCCUGCUCCUCCUGCUGCUCCUCGCCACGGCCCUCCGUGCCCAGCAGCAGCAGUUCAUGGAGUACGUGGAGCGGCGCCUCACCCUCCUGGAGGAGAGGAUCUCACAGUGGCAUGACCAGAGCAGCCGCUACUCCACGGAGCUGCGGGACUUCAAGAACCAGGUGCUGGGGAUGCUUGAGACAGCAGAGAAGGAGCGGGAGGCGAUGCGGUUGGAGGCAGAGAGCGCCGCGGUGCGCGUGGACCGCCUGGAGCGCGAGGUGGACUACCUGGAGACGCAGAACCCUGCACCGCCCUGCGUGGAGGUGGACGAGAUGCUGAUGGAGAAGCAGGUGGCCACGGCCAAGCAGAGGAAGAACGAGAAGUACACCAAGCUGACAGACUGCAGCGACACCAUCGCAAGCAUCAGAGCCAUGAAGAUCUUGAAGCGUUUCGGCAGCACCUCAGGGCUCUGGACCAAGGAUGCCGCAGGGAACUCCGAGAAGAUCUACGUCUUUGACGGCACUGCCAACGACACGGUGUACGUCUUCCCCCGCAUGCGGGAGUUCACUCUCUUCUCUGCCACCCGCAAGGCCGCCCGCAUCAAGCUGCCCUACCCCUGGGUGGGCACCGGGCACCUCGUCUACGACGGGCACCUCUACUACAUCCGCCAGCAGGGCCCCUUCCAGGUGAUCAAGUUCAACCUGGCCAACAAGACGGUGGUGGACAGCUCGGUGUUCCCGGCUGAGGAGCAGAUCCCCGUCUUUGGGCUCUCCCCCUUCACCUACAUCGAGCUGGCGGCAGACGAGGAGGGGCUGUGGGCCAUCUACGCCACCAAGGAGGAUGAGAAGAACAUAUGCCUGGCCAAGCUGGACCCCACCUCGCUGGAUAUCGAGCAGAUGUGGGACACGCCAUGCCCACGGGAGAACGCCGAGGGCGCCUUUGUGGUGUGCGGGGCGCUGCACGUGGUCUACAACACCCGCCUGCCCAGCCGCUCCCGCGUGCAGUGCGUCUUUGACGUCAGCGGCACGCUGUCCCCCGAGGACGCCUCCCUCGUCUACUUCCCCAAGCGCUACGGCUCCCACUCCAGCAUGAAGUACAGCCCCCGGGAGAGGCAGAUCUACGCCUGGGAUGACGGCUACCAGAUCAUCUACCGCAUGGAGAUGAAGAAGAAGCUGGAGGUCUGAGGGGCCGCGGCAGGGUGUCCCCACACGUCCGGCCACCCCGCCCGGGCAAGCGCGGCUCUGCCCAUCCUGCCCCAGGGGGCACAGCCGGCCCGGGCAUGGGGUGGCAUCUCUGCCCCAUCUCCCAUCACUGUGAAAUGAUGAAAUGCUGGACCCCCGCCCCUGGCCACCCUCCACCCACCAGCACCAGGUGUCACUGCCCAGGAUCACCCUGCAGAAACCUGGACUAAUUUAAUGAUAUUUCUUUGUGAUAUAAUGAAUAAAUACUAUGCAGUCAGCUGCAGCCACCUGGUUGGGGGGAGCGCGGGGCGCUGGGGCCAGGCUGCCAGAGCCAUGAGCUCCACAUUGCCCCAGAGGCACCCCAAAAGACGCUUCCCAAGGGUGGGGUGUCCGUGCAGGCCUGGCCGGAGCAGCGAGUGCAGACAGCUCCAUGGGCUGGGGGUCUGGGCAGAGUUCUGGGCUGGGGGAUUGGGCUGGGCUUCGGGCAGGGGGUUUGGCGGGGGCUUCGGGCAGGCUCCUGCUGCAGCCAGGGGCCCCCUGAGCCUGGCCAAGGCCAGCCUGGUUUGCAUGUACAAAACUGUGAGCAAACAGCAAAAUCCUUUAAUCUGAGAGGACAACUGGAGAUUUUCCUCUCGUGCCAGGGAGGCAUCCUAGCCAGCAGGCACCAGAUGUUGCUGAUUUUCCGAGUUCGCUUCUAAUGAAGCACAGUUGCCUUCCCCCUGCAGCCGCAGGAUUGCCACAGACCCUUUACAUAAGGCCCUGCAUCCCCCCAGCCCCUUCCCAGCCCCGUUUCACCGGCACCGAGUCCCUGCACGGCCCCACGGCAGCGCCCCAGAGGAGACGGGGCAGGACAGGGCAGGUGCCGGGAGCCCCUCGGGAUGGCAGCGCCGGCACUGCCAGGGCUCAAGACCCCCAUCCCCGAGGCGGGGGCCAGGGCCGCAGCAGGCACCUGCCGGGCACGGGCACAGCCCCGCGUGGCCACCAUGCCACGUCCUUCCCGUCCACGCCGCGUCACCCAGUGGCGACUGUUCCACGUGCUGCCACUUCCACCAGAACCCUGGGGGGUGCAGGAUUUGGCCAGUUUCUGGCCAGAGGUGCCAUGGGCCCCCCCAGAAACCCGGGGUUGCUGUGAUUUGUUCCUGUCACAGUGUCCUGAGAGCACAGAGGAUGAAGUACGAGGUGUUUAUGUGUCAUUAAGCAUCUCUUUUUCCCAUCAGAGAUAGUUCUGGGGACAAACGCUGAGCACAUGAAGCCAUGAGCCGGUCACGCCAGGCAAGGAUUGCGUCCUGCUGGUGCCGGCGCAGGGCCCCCCUCCGGGGCGAGAGGCCAUGGGGCUGCCCGGGUGCCCCGGGGAGGUGCCAGCCCCGCGGGGAGCACUGCUGCCAAGCACCCGGGGGGUUCCGGGGGCCACCGGCCCUCUCAGAGCCACGGCAUGGCCACGCCGCCCCCACGUUGCCAUAAAGCCAGGCGUUUGGCAUCCCCCUGCGCCCACCUCGAGGCAAGCUGUCCUGCGAUGUGGAGGUGACAUGGUAUUUGCUUCAAGUUCUUCUGUAUUAUAAUUAAAAUAUCUUUUGGUUGCAUAAGAAAGAUGUUUAAAUACACACUUUGAAUGACUGUAAUUGGAUGGUGCUGAAAGUUCAACACACAGCGCAAGUCAAGCAGAGAAAUUAUCCAAGUGUGAAGGACUAUGUGAACUGUCAAGUUAAUUUAUAGCCCUUUUCAAGAUCAAUAACUACGGUAACAGAAAUAUAAUUUUCAGCAAUUGCACAGUUGUAAAUAAUUAUGCCAAUGAUUUCUCAAGCUUGAAUUAAAAUUGAUGGGGCAGUAACGAUGCUGCACCAGAAACCAUCUUCU